AUGGACGACCUCAAUGGGAGGUAGAAGGGAAAAUAAUGAGGGAAAAGUGUCAAGGGGCAAACAUCAUACUUGAAAUCCCUCCAUACCAUAACAAAGCCAUUACAGCUGCAGUUCAGGUGCAGUUUUAUCUCUGCAAUGGCAAGAGGAAAAAAAGCCAGUCUCAACGUUUUACUUACACACCAGUUAUAAUGAAGCAAGAGCACAGGGAUGAGGUGGAUUUGUCUGCCAUUCCAUCUUUGGCCCUGCCUCACACAAGCAAUGUUCAGGGCCUGCAUUCUAUCCGAACUCAAUUGCCUUCACCAGAGCAAGGGCAUCCUCAUGACAAUUUACUGUCUACGCCACCCAGGAGCCUCAUGUGUCCUGUUCAACCACCAUACACAGCCAUGGUGACCUCAGCAGUAUCCCACCUGCCACAUAUGCAAGGCAGAAACCUUAGUCCAAGUGAAGAAUGUCAUGUUUUGGCUCCUGCUGUGGUUCAGUCUUUUCAGGUAACAUCAGCUCCUCCAGUGAGGCCUUCUUACCAGCCUAUGCAGUCUAAUGAUGUAUACAAUGGACAGUCUGGUCUUCCUAUGAACUCUGCCUCCAGCCAAGGAUUCGAUGCUAUUUCAUUUCAGCAAGACACAGCUGUACCUCAUUUGAUAAAUCUUAGCUGCCAAGCCCUACCACCGAUGCAGUUUCAUUCUUCAGGCCCAGGUUCUGUGUCAACAGCGAGUACAGCAGGACACCCACUAGCACACCCAGCUCAUUCAGGACAGUCAUCUUCUCACCUGCCAUCGAUGGGAUACCACUGUCCAAGCGCUGGCCAGGGCUCCAUCCCAUCUGCAAUGAGUCGUUCCCUUGGGCAGUCUUCUCCCCAGCUGCAGCAAGUCCCAUAUCAUUCUACAAAUCCAGCAUCCGCUUCAUCCCCAUCCCCAACAGCUUCCCACCCUUUGGUCCACUCACCGCUAUCUGGACCUUCUUCACCCCAGCUCCAGCCUAUGCCUUACCAGUCUCCUAGCUCAGGACCUGCCUCAUCUCCCCCACCAGCUGCUGUAAGUCACUCAGGACAGCACUCCCCUCAAGCACACAGUCCGGCGCUGGGUGGUCUGAAUGCAGCAUCGUCCCUUGUGCACCACCCCACAUGCGAUUCAUCUCCAUUCUCGCCAGAUGGGGCAGCUAUUAACAUUAAACCAGAACCUGAAGAUCGAGAAUUGAAUUUUCAAACAAUAGGACUCCAAGACAUCACACUAGAUGAUGACAGUUUUAUCUCUGACCUGGAAUACCAGCCAUCAGGUUCAACAGAGAAAUGGACUCAACAUUCAGCCUCAUGUCCAACUCCUAUGUGGAAAAUCUAGAGGUGAAUGAGAUCAUAGGAAGAGAUAUGUCACAGAUCUCAGUGUCACAUGGAACAACAGCAGCCAGCCAGUCUGCACGUACAUGUCCUGGAUCUCUGGAGGCAAGAAUAUCUGACGGAAUCCAGUAACGGAUAAGCUUGCAACUAAACGUCCCUGAAAACUUUACAGUUUCUCUGAAUAUUUCUUCAUCCUCUUCCUCUUUAGACUUACUGUGCUUCCAACUCUGUGGCCUUUAUGAACUGGAACAGUGGAUCCUUGCAAAGCCCUUUUAGUGGGUUACAUUUUUGAUGUAGAGACAGAGCAUUUUAAUUAUAGUUCCUCAAAUGCUGUAAAGAGACUUCUUAAAAUGGACACACAGAAUCUACACCAGAUAUUUUAACUGUUUUAAAGUUAUAAACAAGCUUUGCUUUUUGCAUUUAAAUAGAAUACUUUCAUAUUGUAAGUGCUUCAGGUGUGUGGA